GUAGCCCUGUGAGUGAAGUGGUUUUAUUUUCUUUUAUUUACAAAUGAAGAAGCUGUGGCUCAGUGAAGUUAAGUAGCUUACCCAGGUUCAUAGGCUUAGUAAGUGGCAGACCUGAAAUAUGAACCCCAGCCAGCCUAUGUUAUUAGUGUCUGAGGUAGUAGAACUAGAAGCCUGUUCUCUUGCUGCUAUAUAGGCCCCUACCCCUACAUUGCUGCCAGCUGGUCUCAGUCCCAGCUUUCAUGGCCCUCUUCUCAUGGCCUCUCAGGUUAAUGGCCACAGUUCAGGCUCUGAUGCCCAAGGAGGAAAAUCCCUCAGAGAAGACCUACAGGAGUUCCUGGGCGGGGAGGCCCUGUUGCACGAGCUGGAUGACCUCACCAAGGUGAAUCCUGUGACGCUGGAGACAGUUCUGAGGUGUUUGCAGGCUCGGUACGCAGCGGACAUGUUCUACACCAGUGCUGGCUGCACCUUGGUGGCUCUGAACCCCUUCAAGCCUGUGCCUCAGCUCUACUCACCAGCACUGAUGAGAGAGUACCACGCUGCUCCUCAGCCCCAGAAACUGAGGCCUCACAUCUUUGCUGUGGGUGAACAGACCUAUAGGAAUGUCCAGAGCCUGAUCGAACCAGUCAACCAGUCUAUCAUUGUCAGCGGAGAGAGUGGUGCUGGAAAGACAUGGACAUCCCGCUGCCUGAUGAAGUUCUAUGCUGUGGUGGCUGCCUCACCCACAUCUUUGGAGAGUCACAAAAUUGCAGAGAGAAUUGAACAGCGCAUCUUAAACUCCAACCCUGUCAUGGAAGCUUUUGGGAAUGCGUGCACACUGAGGAAUAACAACAGCAGUCGCUUUGGGAAGUUCAUCCAGCUACAGCUGAACAGUGCCCAGCAGAUGACUGGAGCUGCAGUCCAGACGUACCUCCUAGAGAAAACUCGAGUGACCUGCCAGGCCUCCAGUGAGAGGAACUUCCACAUCUUCUACCAGAUCUGUAAAGGAGCCAGCAUGGAUGAGAGGCUCCAGUGGCACCUCCCCGAGGGAGCAUCCUUCUCUUGGCUACCUAACCCAGAGAGGACCUUGGAAGAGGAUUGUUUCCAGGUGACCAGAGAGGCCAUGCUUCAUUUGGGCAUUGACAUCCCCACUCAGAACAACAUCUUUCAGGUCCUGGCUGGACUGCUGCACCUCGGAAACAUCUGGUUUGCUGACUCUAAGGAUGAAGCCCAGUCCUGCCAGCUGAUGGACGAUGCCAAGUGUGAGAACAAGGAUGGGGGUCUGUGUAUCAGCUUUGGUCACACACCGAGGGAGCAGGGCUCUAUCAGGACAUCAGCCUCACUGCUGCAGCUUCCAGAAGACCCACUGCUGGAGACACUGCAGAUUAGAACCAUCAGGGCAGGCAGGCAGCAGCAGGUAUUCCAGAAGCCCUGCUCCCGAGCCGAGUGUGACACUCGCAGAGACUGUCUGGCCAAACUAGUCUACGCACGGCUGUUUGACUGGCUGGUAUCCGUGAUCAAUAGCAGCAUCUGUGCAGACCCUGACUCCUGGACCACUUUCAUAGGCCUGCUGGAUGUAUAUGGAUUUGAGUCAUUUCCCAGUAACAGUCUGGAACAGUUGUGCAUCAACUAUGCCAACGAGAAGCUACAACAGCACUUUGUGGCUCACUACCUGAGGGCUCAGCAGGAGGAAUAUGCAGUUGAGGGCCUGGACUGGUCCUUUGUCAACUACCAGGACAACCAGGCCUGUUUGGAUCUCAUUGAGGGAAGCCCCAUCAGUAUCUGCUCCCUCAUAAAUGAGGAAUGCCGCCUUAAUCGGCCAAGCAGUGCAGCCCAGCUCCAGACACGCAUCGAGAGUGCCCUGGCAGGCAGUCCCUGCCUGGGCCACAACAAGCUCAGCCGGGAGCCCAGCUUCAUCGUGGUGCAUUAUGCAGGGCCUGUGCAGUACCACACGGCAGGUCUGGUGGAGAAGAACAAGGACCCUGUCCCCCCUGAGCUGACCAGGCUCCUACAGCAAUCCCAGGACCCCCUACUCAAGGUGCUAUUUCCUAUGGACCCUGAAGAGAAGUCCCAGGAAGAGCCCUCUGGCCAGAGCAGAGCCCCUGUUUUGACUGUGGUGUCCAAGUUCAAGGCCUCCCUGGAGCAGCUUCUGCAGGUUCUGCAUAGCACCACGCCCCACUACAUUCGCUGCAUCAAGCCCAACAGCCAGGGCCAGGCGCACACCUUUCUCCAGGAGGAGGUCCUCAGUCAGCUGGAGGCCUGUGGCCUUGUGGAGACCAUUCACAUCAGUGCCGCUGGCUUCCCCAUCCGAAUCCCUCACCAGAACUUCGUGGAACGAUAUGAAUUACUGAGAAGGCUCUGUACUCGCACAUCCCCUGGAUCCCAUAGCCCAUCUCCUGAUGAAGGACAUUCAGAAUGGUCUCCACAUACCAAGGGAGCCACACUGCAACCUCUUCUCCAGGACAUCCUCCAUACUCUUCCAGCUCUAACUCAGGCAGCAGCCACACCUGGUGACCCAGCCGAGGCCACACCAGUCCCAGUGCAUUGUGGCAGGACCAAAGUGUUUAUGACUGACUCCAUGUUGGAGCUUCUGGAAUGUGGGCGUGCCCAGGUGCGAGAGCAGUGUGCCUGCUGCAUCCAGGGAAGCUGGAGGCGACACCGGCACCGCAAGCAGGAGAGGCAGAGGCAGGCCGCCACGCUCAUCCAGGCAGCCAUUCGUUCCUGGUUAGCUCGGAAGCACAUCCAGAGAAUGCACGCAGCUGCCACGGCCAUCAAACGCACAUGGCAGAAAUGGAGGAUCAGAAUGGCCUUCCUUGCUUCUAAAGAACUGGAUGGUGUGCAAGAAAAACACGUGUCUCAAGUUCCCCUUCCCUUGGGCUCCCUCCUGCUGCCCCAGGCACAGACCAGCCUCUUGGAAGCAAUAAUCCGCCUCUGGCCCCUGGGCCUGGUCUUGGCCAAUGCAGCUGUGGGUGUACGUGGCUUUCAGAGGAAGCUGGUGGUUUGGGCCUGCCUCCAGCUCCCCAUGGGCAACCCCAGUAGCUACGCAGUCCAGACGGCACAAGAACAAGCUGGUGUCACAUCCAUCCGAGCACUGCCUCAGGGCUCGAUUAAGUUCCACUGCAGGAAGUCUCCACUGCCUUAUGCUGACAUCUGCCCUGAACCUUCACUCCACAGUGUUACUGGCUUUAAUCAGAUUCUGCUGGAAAGACACAGCCUGGGCCACAUGUGA